AAGUACCGAUCAGGACACCCUGCAAUGGGAGUCGAUAGGGUUUGCAAUCAUAACCUGGGAUCCGUGAUGGGACGCUGCUCUACGAAAGACAGCUUCCAUGAGCAGCUACAGAUGGACGCCGGGUUCCUCCGUGCCGACAGGCGUCUGGACACGGAGCUGGUGGACAAACUCAUCCUGCAGCUCAACAGGAUUUACCCACAGAUUCUCACUGAUAAGGAGGCACACAGAUUUCGGAACCUGGAUGUGCCGACCUGUGUCCGUUUGGCGGAGCUCCUGACUCAUUUGCAGGAGAAAGGGGAGGAGGCGUGUCACGAGUUCUACCGUGCGCUGCACCUUCACGUGGAGGAGGUGUACUUCAGCCUCCCCACGCGGGUCAACCGCAGGGGGGAGACCCCAGAGGCCAAUGGACUCACCCCUGUUGCCAGUCUGAAGGAAAGAUAUGUGCUGAAUGACAGGGGUCCCUGGUUCUUCCUGGGCUGUUUUGGUGUUGCUAUGGGGCUGGCGCUGCUCUAUUACUGUGGGGAGAAGGAGAUUUUCUCUGACCCCAGGAGGGUGUUGGGAGUCACAGCUCUGGGGUUUGGCCGCACUGCCAGAGAGCUGCUGAUCUCCUACACACAGGAUAGCAACAGGAAAUCAUAGUCUCCAUGGCAAUCAUGGUGCUCAGAGGGCCCGGGGCCAGUUGCAGGGAACUGCCCGAAUUACCACACCAAACACAGGCCAAGUUUUUUAAAUGCAUGUGUAUAAACUGUAUAUAAUACUGCUUUUGUGU